AUGCCAAAGUCAUCAAAAUCGAGCUCCGAGGGCAGCAGCACCGCUCGCCCAUCCUCAGACAGCGAUGAGAAAUUCGGCCUUCUGAACGAUGGGCCGAUCGAGCAUGUGUCUCGUCCUUCGAAGCUGCGCUGGGUCGUGGCGCUGCUUGCCGCCUCCAAUGUUUUGUGCUUUGGCGUGCUGCUAUAUGCCUUGAGCCCAGCGCCGCCGCCUACGAUGGUGGUUUAUCCUCCACAGCCGGACUGGUUUCCUCCUCAGCUUCCAAUCAAGAAGGUCAUGCAUAGCGAGCCGCUGUUUGGGCAGGAACCUAAUCACGAAAGUAUCGCUGCGUGGAACUCGCUUUUACCAAAGGGCCGCGGCUGGGUGUACAUCCGUAACAAGACGGCCCUUCCCGAUAUGCCCGGGCUGAACCAGUCGCUGCCUGAGCACAUUGCACUGCCGUCAGUGUAUCACCAGCUGCAUUGCCUAUAUAGCACAAUGCGAAGCUACUACGAUCUCGUCGACAUUGUUAAAAACAACCACACAAAGCGGGAACUGCCCAAAGACCCGACAUGGAACAAGGAGCACCUCAAUCAUUGCUGGGAUUAUUUGCGGCAAAACAUCAUGUGUACGGCCGACGUAACACUCGAAUGGCACCGGUGGAACGAAAAGGUCGAGGACGGCUGGGGCUACGAGCAUCAGUGCAAGGACUGGGACGCGUUGACAAAGUGGGUGCUGGAGAGACGGACCUCAAAUAACUGGGGGCUGUUGAGAGGAGAAGGGGAAAGGAUCCCGUUGAAGGAUGGUCAGCAGCAGUAG